GUUCCCCGCCUUCCUUAUCUCCCGGCUCCGCUCGGUUCUCGCGGCCACCCCGCAGCCCCAGCGCAGGUGCCAUGGCCGCUAUGUAUCGCCCCGGCCUGCGGCUUAGCUGGCACAGGCUGAGCCCCUGGGGUUGGUCGUCACGGUGUAGCAUCCAGACACUGCGAGUCCUCAGCGGAGAUCUGGGCCAACUGCCUGCUAAGGUUCGAGACUUUGUGGAGCACAGUGCCCGUCUAUGCCAACCAGAGAGCAUCCACAUCUGUGAUGGGACCGAGGCAGAGAACACUGCCAUGCUGGCCCUUCUGGAACAGAAGGGACUCAUCCGAAAACUCCCGAAGUACAACAAUUGCUGGCUGGCCCGCACAGACCCCAAGGAUGUGGCACGAGUAGAGAGCAAGACGGUGAUUGUAACUGCUUCUCAACGGGACACGGUGCCCCUCCCGGCUGGUGGGGCCCGUGGGCAGCUGGGCAACUGGAUGUCCCCAGCUGAGUUCCAGCAAGCUGUGGAUGAGAGGUUUCCAGGCUGCAUGCAGGGCCGAACCAUGUACGUGCUUCCGUUCAGCAUGGGUCCCGUAGGCUCCCCACUGUCCCGCAUUGGAGUGCAGCUCACAGACUCUGCCUACGUGGUGGCAAGCAUGCGGAUUAUGACCCGGCUGGGGACGCCUGUGCUUCAGGCCCUGGGAGAUGGCGACUUUGUCAAGUGUCUUCACUCUGUGGGCCAACCCUUGACUGGGCAAGGGGAGCCGGUGUGCCAGUGGCCAUGCAAUCCAGAGAAAACCCUGAUUGGCCACGUGCCCGACCAGCAGGAGAUCAUCUCCUUCGGCAGCGGCUAUGGUGGCAACUCCCUGCUGGGCAAGAAGUGCUUUGCCCUUCGCAUCGCCUCUCGGCUGGCCCGGGAUGAGGGCUGGCUGGCGGAGCACAUGCUGAUCCUGGGUAUCACCAAUCCCGCGGGGAAGAAGCGCUAUGUGGCAGCCGCCUUCCCCAGUGCUUGUGGCAAGACAAACCUGGCCAUGAUGCGGCCGGCACUGCCAGGCUGGAAAGUGGAGUGUGUGGGGGAUGACAUUGCCUGGAUGAGGUUUGACAGUGAUGGUCAACUCCGGGCCAUCAACCCUGAGAAUGGCUUCUUUGGGGUGGCCCCUGGCACCUCUGCCACCACCAAUCCCAAUGCUAUGGCCACAAUCCAGAGUAACACCAUUUUCACCAAUGUGGCUGAGACCAGCGAUGGCGGCGUGUACUGGGAGGGCAUCGAUCAGCCUCUUCCACCCGGCGUCACCGUGACCUCCUGGCUAGGCAAACCCUGGAAACCUGGUGACAAGGAGCCCUGUGCGCAUCCCAACUCUCGCUUUUGUGCCCCGGCUGGCCAGUGCCCCAUCAUAGACCCCGCCUGGGAGGCCCCAGAGGGAGUCCCCAUUGACGCCAUCAUCUUUGGAGGCCGUAGACCCAAAGGAGUCCCCCUGGUAUAUGAGGCCUUCAACUGGCGCCACGGGGUGUUUGUGGGCAGUGCCAUGCGCUCCGAGGCCACUGCAGCAGCUGAACACAAAGGGAAGGUCAUCAUGCAUGACCCAUUUGCCAUGCGGCCGUUUUUCGGCUACAACUUUGGGCGCUACCUUGAACACUGGCUGAGCAUGGAGGGGCGCAAGGGGGUCCGGCUGCCCCGCAUCUUCCAUGUCAACUGGUUCCGGCGCGACGAGGCAGGCCGCUUCCUGUGGCCAGGCUUUGGAGAGAAUGCCCGGGUGCUAGACUGGAUCUGCCGACGGCUCGACGGGGAGGACAGUGCCCGGGAGACACCCAUCGGGCUGGUGCCUAAGGAAGGCGCCUUGGAUCUCAGCAGCCUGGGAGCCAUAGACACCACCCAGCUGUUCUCCCUUCCCAAGGACUUUUGGCAACAGGAGGUUCAUGACAUUCGGAGCUAUCUGACAGAGCAGGUCAACCAGGAUCUGCCCAAGGAAGUGCUGGCUGAGCUGGAGGCCCUGGAGGGACGUGUGCGCAGAAUGUGAUCUGAGCCUUCAGCUAGCAAGGGGGCACAGCACCCCCCUACCCCCACCUUCAACUCCCCUGGAAUAAGCAAGCCACCAGGCUUGCAGAAACUAUGAGCAACUUAACAACACUCUCAUCCUCUGGGUGCUGUGAGAUCAAGCCCCAGAGCU